AACUACAGUUGUUGGUCUCCCUGUCUGAAAAUCAUCUCUUCGUGGACCUGCGAAAGCAAAAUCGGAGCAGAGCUUCAGACGAAAAGCCGAGAAUGAGCAGCAAUGGCGGAGUUACGUCCAUUGACGAAGCUCAGUGAACAGCGAUGGCCGAACAAGAACACUGAGAACAGAUAAGAUUCCAAACCUAAAAUUAGUGGCUGAAAAUCUCUUCUUAUCUCCAUGGAGACGAAAUGAAAUUUCAGAUUCACCCAAACCCUAGCGCUUCCCCUUCGAAUUUGCCCUCUCUCUCUCUCUCUACGUCUUCCAUGGAUGCCCUAACGAGCUCUGUAUCAACCCUCAGAGUUCCAUCGACUCUCCACUCAUCAUCGCGCGAUUUCUUCAACUUCAAAAACUCCGCCCAUCUUCCUCAUCGUUCCUCCUCUAGCAGAUCCAAUUCGAUCUCCAAACCGCCAAAUUUUCUCUCUACCCACAAGCCUCUUCAGCCGCUUCCCUUCUCCCCCUCCCCCCGCCGCUCCUCCUCCCCGGUCCUCCACCGCCGACCCGCCGCCGGCUACGCGGCCGCCCUCGUCGAUGUAGCUCAAUCGGCCGGGUCGAUUCACUCGGUCGCGCGCGACGUCGGGAGAUUCUCGAAGCGAAUCGGAGGGAUUUUAAACGACCCGUUCGUGGGGGAGGAAGAGAAGGGGGGAUUGGUGAGAGAAAUUGCAGCGAAGGGAGGGUUUCAGAGGCCGGUGGUGAGGCUGACGAAGAUGUUGAUUGAGAAGAAGAAAUUGGGGAUUUUGAAAGAGGUGUUGAGCGAAUUCGAGAGGAUUUAUGAUCAGCUUUGUGGGACUGAGGUGGUUAUGGUUUCUUCGAGUAGAAAAAUGGAGGAAGAGGAGUUGUUUGGGAUUGCUAAGAAUGUGCAGAGCCUCACCGGGGCUGCCAAGGUGAAGAUUAGAAGCUUCGUUCAUGGCGGAUUAAUGGCGUAGAUAAAUUAGCUAGCUAGAGAAGAUUGUAAUUCAUGAACAAUUGCAGAAGCUUUCAAGUUCUUGUUUGGUCAGUUUGAGAUUCAUAUGAAUCAGAAAAAGUAUAAGCUUUCAAUGGAAGUGCUUUUAGUCUA